AUGGGCACUCGUGUUCCACCGCCCUGCCCCACCUCAAUAUGCGAUGCGCAGUCUGCAACCGGCCUGCCGCAACUCAUUGAUGAUUUGCAACGUCUUUCCGAAGAUCAAGAUAGCUGCGAUGUGGUCUUCAUUUGCGGACGUGAGGAGGAACGUAUAUAUGCCCAUCGCAUUAUUAUGAUGACACGUUGCAAAAGUUUCAAAACCAAUAAGCGUGGAGAACUCUGUCGCAUACCGGGGUGUACGGUAUCACCAGCUGCAGCACCUGGUACACCCAGUUCUGUCCGUCUGCCACAUGUACAUCCCGAAGUUUUCAAACAAUUCAUUCUAUACGUGUACACAGCAAAGAUAUUAUUACAGGAUUCUCGGGUAUUUGAAAUGAUGACAUUGGCCCAGGACAUGGGUUGCUGUGAAUUGAGAGCGGCUUGUGAGGAUCAUGUCAUUGCAACUCUGUCUGUUGACAAUGCGUGUACAUUUUUGACAGCAGUAAUGGAGAUACAUGAGAAAGCGGGUGCAAAAUGUGCUGCCUCAUUUAUGGAACGUUGCAUUAUCUACAUAGGGGAAAAUGCCAGGGAGUGUGUGAAAACAAAUGCGUUUUUGAAUUUAAAAAAGGAAGCCUUAAUUAAGCUAAUAUCCUCAGAUUAUUUUUGUUUGGAAGAAGAGGAUGUCUGGCGUUGCGUGUUGGCUUGGGCUAAAAAUCAUGCUGGUGUUACGCAGCCUACCGCUCACUGGACUGAAGAGGAACGAGCACGUGUGUGUCAACAUUUACAGGGUGUCAUGUGCCAUGUACGACUUUUGCUUAUAGAUAGUCAAGUUUUUGCUGAGGAAGUUGAACCAACAGGUGCUGUACCCAUGGAAUUAUCACUGGAAAGAUAUCGUUAUGCUGCUUUACAAAAUUCCAACAACAAAAGUGGCACUUAUGCUACCGGUGGCGGUGGCGUAAGCGGAGGAGGUGGUGUUGGUGCAGGGUUGAAUUCAAAUUCCAAUGUUGGAAGUGGUUUUAAUAGCCUAGGAGGAAAUGGCAUGAGUUUUUCGGGUUCGACGUCGAAUAAAACUGAAACGGAUAAAAGAUUGCAGCCCAGGUUAAUGAUGAAUAUGUUUCCGGGUUCGCAGAUAUUGAGAAAUGAGAAACUCCAUUUGCAAAGUGUUUUAAAUAAUUGGUAUGGUGUUCCUAAACAAUCCUGGCGUUUAUUAUACCGGGCUUCCACUCAUGGCUACAAUUCUAAUGCUUUCCAUCAUUAUUGUGAUGGUGCUGCUCCCUGUAUGGUCAUAUGUUUGGGCUCCCAUGGUGAAAUCAGUGGUGGGUUUACAGAUGUUGCCUGGGCCAAGACCUCUCGUAAAGGUGUCUAUAUACCCUCGGAUAGAGCCUUUUUGUUUGCCUUGAAUCCUGUUGGCUCUGAGCAGUCAUUAAAAUUUGAUAUUGUCAAGAAACCUUAUGCCAUAUGCUAUCAUCCUGAUUGUGGUCCUAUUUUUGGUGCUGGCGCUGAUUUGAUGAUUGCCAAUAACUGUAAUACGAAUAAGGAAUCAUAUUCCAAUUUACCUCACUCAUACGAUGGACCAAAUGCAUCGUAUGAGACCUUAUUUGGCGAUUAUAAUUUCACCAUUGCUGAUUAUGAAGUUUUUACAACUGUCUAGAUUUAUGCAUGAUUAAUAUAUAAAAGAGAAAUAUGCCAGAAUGCAAUUACUUUCUUUUUAUACCCACUACCAUAGCAUGAAGGUAUACUAAUCUAGUCACUUCGUUUGUAACACCUUGAAAUAUUCAUCUAAGACCCCAAUUGAAAUAGAAAUUUCAG